AUGAUAAUUCCAGACCAAGUGGCUGAAAAGCUCGGCCAUCAGCGAAUGACGGCCCUGGUUGAAAACCAAAAGCGUCUAUUUACGUUGCUGGACCUACAUAGAGCACUUGUGUCUUUAAACCAUCCUGAACUAAUAAACUCCCAGAAUUCCACGGCAGUAGGGAUAUUUUCUGUUUUACCAGCAAACCGCACAUGUGCAGAUUUGCAGUUGAUGCCGCUGACCAGGUGCAAGUGUGAAGGGUUCGACGAUUAUAGUCGGGCAGAGGACAACUCAAAAAACCACAAAUGGCUAGCAGAGUUUGCACUCGGGACCUUAAAUGAUGCCAUACAGACACAAAAUUUAGGAGGCACAUGUAAUAGUGAGCUCAUUUAAGAAGCAACUACCACGAUGAGGUCAGGGUAACGUCACUAAAAAGUAAAUUCCGUUCUUCAAAGUCGUCAUUAUUCUGUCUGUGACAUUUUCCAUUUUCCUACAGAUUAAUUGUUAAGGGAGUGCAUUCAAGUUUUAAAAGACAAAGGAAAAUUCAUUGUGGUGUAAUUACGUCCGUUAUUAAACGUCUAACUAGCAAAUUUCAUUCGAAGUUGGGCGGAGGAAACCAAAAAAAACAAAAGUGUGAUGGACUGGCAAAUCUUGUUUUGCCGGAAAAAAAUUUGACGUUACAGCCUCUUAUUGAUUUAGAUGGCGCCCAAGGUUAUUCACUUAACUCAUAGAAAUCGCCAAAUUGUUUUGAAGCUCAAAGAAAACGAUCUUUACGCUGGGGCGAGCAAAUUGUAAAACAUUUUCUACUUACACUGGUCAUAAAAGACACCGUGAUCCGGUCUAAAACAGUAAUAACGUGCGAACGUGCCUACCACUGAAUAUUAGGGAGUUUAUAUUAGCAAAGGCGGUUUUGAAUUUUGAUUGAAGUACGUCAACCGGAAUUGAGGCGUUUUCCCCUUUAAUAUAUCCUAAAGCUGCCAAAUUCGUAAUGCUUAGCAUCUUCGCUGUUAUAGAGACUACUUCCGGUUAUAGGACACUUCCGGUUGACGGGUGUCGCUCAGAAACGUCUUCCCUAAAACUCGGUAUUGAUUGUUUAACGAGUUGUUUCGUACGUUUUUUACAGGUGCUGGUGAAGUUGUAACCUCGUCCCAAAGGUAUGGCUAUGGAAGCUGUCAGCGCUUGGUGGGGAAAUUAUUUACUAAUAUUUUGCAACGUUUUCAAGGAGACUACAUCUUGACGACAAUGGAUCUCCUCGUGGUCCCUCCAACUGGUUUUACAGAAGACGAAGUCUUUAAAGUUUCUUUGAAAAACUAUGCAAAGCCGGAAGACAAAGUUUGGUUGACAAGUUAUACUCGGCAGUCCAGAUAUAGCAAGUUUGAGGCAUGCACAGACAAGUCAGUUGACGUUAGACUUUGCGCAUGCGCUAUUGAUCAAACUAAUCUUGCUGCAUCAGUCAGCAAUGGUGUUUCAAGUAAAACGUUUGGUUCGGAGACCGUUGUAAAAGACCUCCACUCAGGAUGUCUUUUGUUUCUGAGACGGGAUCACGGAUUAACCUCUUUAGCGUUGGAAGUAGCAAACGUAUGCUACAAUAGCACUUACAAAUUUAAACUGGACGGUGGAGGAUCAGAGAGACUUUUUUCUAAAACCCUUCCCAUAAAUGUUGAAUUGCUACCCAGGACAUUUUAUUUUCUAACAUCCAUUACGAAGUAUGCGUCGAAAUUCACCUAUCAAUUACAUUUUACAGCAAGUGUUGAAGUUAAAAAUGACAAUUCUGAAGAUUUUAUAAACUUGGGAGAACAUGACGUGUCGGAGUAA